GAUUGCAGGUAACGCUAAACGUAUCCAACGAGUUCUUAAAGUACGGCGAAAACACUCAACUGAUAUGCCCCAGCGUACCGUCGCCGGAUGCAUGCGAAUCUGGAGUCUCGCUGUCUUGCACUGUGGGAGAACAAGCCCUAGACCGGGAAGGACUUGGCCCGGGAUGUGUGUUGACCGGUUCGCCGUUCACCGAACCCUGUGUACGGAGUUGCUUCAAAAUCUGUGGCCGUUGUAUGUGACUGUCGAAAUGCCACGGCUAAGCGCGGAGCAAGGGUUAUCUGACCAUCCGGUAUUGAAGUUGACGGAUACCCUGGACGUAUACUGCCGGUGGAGAAUUAACUACUGGAACAAAACACUCCAACUGGAAGCGGAAGGGUUACCUAUCCCGAAUGGAACUUGCGUACUUCUCAAUCAUAUGUCCACAAAUCAAAACGCGGCGGUCGAAAGAGAUUUCUUAUUAGACACAUUUUUCGGUACCGAGUAUGAGAUAUCCGCACAUUCUUACAAGGACGCCAGGGGAUGUGAUCAACCGCAAAACUUGUGGCAGUUCAUCACAUCGAGUCGGUCAUCGGGCGAAGUGCCGACCAAAUAACAAGCCAUCGAGUUAAAGGAGAUAAAGUAUCACCGUCAAGUGCCAGCGACAGUCAUAUGUUAAAUACUUCCACUAUUCAAGUACUUAGUAGUGUCAUUGAAUAAAGCGAAUGAAAAUCUUGUGUUUUUUAUUCACCUAAAAUCCUACGUCCAAAUCCUUUAAUUAUACAUGAAUAAAUUCCACACAGCUAUAAUGUAUUUUUAAAAUGUUAUAUUAUAUUUUUAUUGACGACAUAUUAAUUGUAAACCAUAAUAUUGCGAAAAAAUAUCAAAUGUUAAUAAAAACUCAAAUUCAUCAUUCAAAUCACUUUCCAAAUAUUGUAUACUAAAAAACUACUCAUGAAUAAGUUCCAGAAAUCCUGAACACUUAUUAUAAUUGAAUUAUUUCAUUGAUGUUUCAACGAAUCAUGUAUAAUCUAAAGUUGCUGUGUGGAUAUAAUAAGAAAAUAAUUAUUGCCAAUAGUGCGCUUAACUCCAAAAUAUACAUUGGCAAGACGGAUUAUAUAAUAAUGUAAUUUCUUUAGAUUGUACUUAAGGACCAGGUGUAACCAUUUGUUAUAAAGGUUGUAGUUGAAUAAUAUCAGUAGAUUCCUAAACUUAUAAAUAAUCGAUUUUAAGUCCGUCUUAGAAGUUAUAUUUUUAAUGUUAUACCAGUUGGAGUUAUAAUUAUAAAACGAUUUAACA